UCCUAAAUUCAGUGCUGUCGGUGAAUAAAAUAUCGAUGUUAUAACUAAUAAAUAAUACUGUCGACUAAAGUUUUAACAUUAAUGCUGCUUAAUUGGAGGAAAUACAUGCAAACGACCCAUCAUUUUGUUCAAAUAGCAGUUUGAUUAAGUUUUCACGACCGAUGUUAAACUUUUGUACACGCAUUCAGCAAGUAACAUCAAGUACAACUUUGAUCGACUUUUCGGAUUGUGUUAGAUGCUCUCUAGAGACAUGGGCGUGGCGUAUACAAUUCUCUUCCUUUGGCUGGUGCUGAAUGUUCAAGGAGGGUAUUGCCUAUCAGAGUUUCAUGGCAUUUUAACUGAAGAGGAACUUCAUUCCUACACAAAGAAAGCACAGAUAAAAGAAUAUGACAUCAUCUUGCCGUUGGUUCAUGAUCCCUCGAAAGUAUCAAAACGAAGCGUAGAUUCAGCCAAUGACAAUGAAGCUCACAAAGUCACUUUCACCGCAUUCGAUGAGGAGCAUCACGUGGUCCUUGAGCAAAAUGGCUGGCUCCUGAGACCCGACCUGGAGGUGGAAUAUCUACAGCCGGAUGGAUCGAUCAGGAAAGAACCGGUUCAGACCAGAGACUGCCAUUUCUUCGCUACGUCAAUCUCUCAUACAGGAUCAACGGGAGCUCUGAGCACAUGCAGUGGAUUGAGAGGAAUACUGUCAGUGGCAGAUGAGCUGCUACAUAUAGAACCUCUCAAAGAGCACCAUGCGAAGAGGAUGAAGAGGAGAAGUAGUGAAGAUGCAGUCAAACUCCACAUCAUCUACAAACGUAGCCCAUCUACAGAUGAUGCCACCUCCUGCCCAGUAGAACCAUUCACAGUCACAAUCGAUUCAAACAGUGCAUCAGCGAAUGGCACAGUGAUUCCUGGCAAUGAGACUGUCUACACGGGACCCUACCUCGGCGCCAAGUUCCUGGAGAUCUUCUACGUGGUGGACAGUCUAGUUUACAAUGAAUACUUGGAUGAUACAGAGAGCUAUGCCAUAACCAUACUAAACAUUAUGAGCAGACGUUAUGCAGACCCUAGCCUUGACAUCAGCAUGAGAAUAUCAGUGGUCCGUCUUCUUAUCUCAAUGACGGAAACGUUGAUGGCCACUGACACCGGUGGAUCUCCAGUAACUAUGACGCCUACUAAUAACGGAGAUACAAGCCUCGACGAUUUCUGCGUUUGGCAGGCUGCUCAGAGCGUCAACAAUGACUCGAAUCCGGACGACUGGGACCUAGCAAUGCUUUUCACAGGGUAG